CCCGGCCAUAAGUGGAUAUCCUCCCUUCCUGGGUGCCUCAUCCUUUCCUCCUCCCUCGCGUGGUUUGUGACCCAUGGAGGAGAACCAAGAGAAGUCUGCUGAGGGGAGCGGCGGCGGCGGCGGACGGGGGCCGGUUCGAACGAUCUGCGUCUUCUGCGGCAGCAGGCCGGGGAACCGGCCGUCCUUCAGCGCAGCCGCGCUCGACCUCGGAAAGCAACUGGUCGAGAGGCAGAUCAACCUGGUGUACGGCGGCGGCAGCGGCGGCCUGAUGGGCCUGGUGUCCAAGGCCGUCUACGAGGGCGGCCGCCACGUCCUCGGGGUCAUCCCUAGCGCGCUCCUGCCUGAAGAGGUGUCAGGGGAGACAUUGGGGGAGGUGAAAGUGGUCAGGGACAUGCAUGAGCGCAAGGCAGAAAUGGCGAAGCACGCCGACGCCUUCAUCGCGCUGCCAGGCGGUUACGGGACGAUCGAAGAACUGUUGGAGAUCAUAGCGUGGGCGCAGCUGGGGAUCCACAACAAACCGGUGGGGCUGCUCAACGUGGACGGCUACUACAACAGCCUGCUCUCGCUGUUCGACAAGGGCGUCGAGGAGGGCUUCAUCGACGCCAAGGCGCGGAACAUCUUCGUCCUCGCCGACACCGCCGCGGAGCUCCUCACCAAGCUCACCGAGGCGAGGCUGGCGGCCGAGGACGAGGAUGCCGCCGCCAGAGGAGGAGGCGAAGAAGAAGAGAAGGCCGCCGCCGCCGCUGGCGUCAAGAGGAAAAGAAGCUACUAGAACAUUGUCAUCAUGUGUUUCUCAGGCCAUCUAUGGAUCCAUCCAUAUAUGCUCUUCUGUUGUUUCCUUGAUUUGGAGCUUGUUGUUUUAAUUUGUACUAUACUCUCCUAGAUUUCAUUCCCGCAAUGUGUGGAUCCGGCAACCAGCUAGCAAGCAGUUGCUAAUUAAUUAACCUUGCGAAGCAGUAGCUCUCGUGAUCGAUUAGCCGGCCGGCACGAAGCAACGCGCUGCUGCAUAUAUAUAUAUAUUUGAUGUACCUUCAUGGCAGCAAA